GAGUGAGAUCGAGUUCCUAUAUACUCUAAACUUUCGAGUUCGAACUUUGAACAAUACAAUAAUACUUUGAAUUUGUUUCUUUUCCCUUCGUGGUCUUGUGAGGGACGAAUUCACACUUUCCUGCGAGAUUGUACGCAUACGUACCUACUCAUUUUCUUAUACUGAUACUCCUCUCCUUUUCAAAAGGUGUUUGGAAUAGAGAGAAGGGGAGAGGAGAGAGAGAGGAGCGGAGAAGAAAGGAGAGGAAAAGAGGAAAAGAUCAAAUGCGCAUCUCGAUUCUGUUUUUCUUCUUCUUCGAAAUUGUUGGGUUCCGACGAUUGAUGCGCUGAAACUCAUUUUUAUAUUCAUUGUAGUUACAUUUGUCGUUCUGAGGUUGUGGGGUUGAGAUUCAAAAGAGCUUUGUUGAGGCCUCCGAGGUGAAACUGAGAACUCAUGUCGGCCCGCACCUCAAGAGAAAUUUUCAUUCACUUGAUGAUUGUUUUCCAUACGGUUAUAUUGGUAUUUGUAGUCAUCAUCUUGCGAGCAAUUUUCGCACGGCUGUGUCAGUCGAAUUGUCGGUGUAAGAAGAACUGAAGUGGGUAGUUGGAGUGCGAGGGAUUGAGAAGUGAGAGUCAAACAUCUCUUCUAUCUUCUUUUCACUUCAAGGCUUUGAAAUUAGAGCUAGGCGUAUUUGAAAGUCGUUCGUAUCUUUCAUUCGCAAUCAUUACGAACAAAGGUACUCAUCAAUCAUCUUCACGACUCGACCACACCAGAUACCGCUCACCUUCAUAACCAAGACUUUCGAUUCUCAAACAAGACUCUAAACAACCAUCAUCAUGCCACCCAAACGCAAGAAGUCUCUCGUUGAUUCUUCAACUGAGUCUCCCACCCCAGAUGACAACUUCGACGUCGCAUCCAUCGCAUCCAUUCCUUCUACUGCUUCCGCUACACCUGUCAAGUCCAAGGCUAAGAAACCUAAAGUUGAGAAAGGAGAGAAGGUUGAGAAGGCCAAAGCUCCUCCUAAAGCGAAAGCUUCUAUUAAAGAAAAGGUCCCUCUCAAGGAUAAAGAGGUGAAAGGAAAGGGUGUUGUUAAGGAAGUUAAAGAGACGAAGGAAAAUAAGGAAGCGAAAGACACUAAAGUUAUAGGUAAAGAUGGCAAGGAGAAAAUAAAAGCCGUGACUGGUGAUGAGGCACAGGAAGUAUUAUUGGAGUAUUUGAGUAGGGAGAAUAGACCUUUUAGUGCGGGGGAUAUUAGUGGAAACUUGCAUGGGAAGGUAACCAAAACCCUCACCGACAAACUCCUCAAAGAGCUCUGUAACUCCGGUCUCAUCAAUGGAAAAGGUACGAAUGGCGAUGGAAAAGGUUCACAAUGGGUAUACUGGGCCCUCCAAGAUCCGAACUCUUCUCUCUCUCCCGAACAACUGGCAGAAAUGGAUUCUCAAAUCCAAGAUCUGCAGGGUCGGUUACCAGAAUUGAAAAUGGAUGGGAGGAAAUUGAAUUUACAACUUGCGGGGAUGAAAAAAGAAAUGGGGGUUCUGGAAUUGAAGGAUAGAAUUGAGAGGUUGGAAGAGGAGAAGAGAGAGAAGGAAGAGAGAUUGGGGGUGUUGAGGGAGGGAAAGGAGGUUGUGAGGAAGGAGGAGGUGGAGAGGGUGGAGAGGGACUUUGCGUAUUGGGGAAAGAUGAGGGGGGUUAGGAAGAGAGGGUUUGAAGGGGUGGAGGGGAUGUUGCUGGAAGGGAUGUCGAGGGAGGAUAUUUGGGAGAAGGCGGGAAUUGAGGGGGACGGAGAAGAAGGGUUGUGAUUUUGAGAGUGGAUGGGAUAUUCAAGAGAUGAAAGGGGAGAUUUGCUUGUUGGUUUGCUCGAAGGUAGAUUUGGUAAUGAGAAUAGCAUGGGAGUGAAGACUAGGGAUUCUCUAUUCGGGAAAUAGUCAAGGAAACAGGAAUUGGGUGGGAUGUCAAGUGAUAUCUGUGGAUCAAGAAAUCGGACUGCAUCUAAUCAUAUAUAGCUAAUAUAAUAAUAGCUAUUAUAUACAUGCAAAGCAAAAAUAGAAAAUCACCUUCCGUUAUUUACA